AUGGCUACCGUGAAGAUUGGUACCCUACUCAUCCGCACACUCGCGAAACCGAUUAGUAACCAGAUAAAGGCACAAGUCAAGAACCAUGAGAGGUUCCGCAAGAUGUGCGUUUCGCUAGCACAGACCAUGCACCGGUCCGAGAUUCGACUACGAACGAAGCUCCUCGGCGAACCUGCACGCAAUGUGCGUCCACUUUCUGAAGCGAAAGCGAUAGACAAUGGCGCGAACUUCCUGGCAGAGGGCUUUCUCUUCAGUGUAGCGGCAGGACUCAUCGUCGCGGAAUCCUGGCGCAGUAGCCGAAGCGAAAGCAAGCGGAGGGAGGGUGUUGCAGACUCUCUUGAUGACUUGCGCGUCAGGUUGGAUUCCAUCGAAGCGCGUGCAGUCGAAUGGGAGGAGCGGGCUCGGGUUGCUCAGGAUCGACAAGACGAACUGACUGGGAUACUGGAACGGAUAGUCACUAUCGGGAUGCGUGGAGGGUGGCUACAGUUGCCAGACACACCUCUGGCAGCACCCAGACGAUCGUCGCCGCUAGCACUCCCACCAAUACCUUCAGGUUCCGACUCGGAUGUUCCCAGCACCCGUCCCGCCACGAGUCAGAACCUGCCUCCGACGCCUGACUCCGCAUAG